AUGGAAGAUUGUGGAGAUAGUGAAGAUGAUGAUAUUGAAGACUCAGACUCAUUUUUUGCUUAUACUACAACGUCUUCCAGCUUGACUGCAUCAGAAUCAGAACCUGAAGAUAAUAGCACCGAAGAAAGUGAUGACGAUCAGUUAACAGAAGUUCAUACAGCAGCCACUGCAGAACAUUUUUUAAUGCCUCUGAAAAGAGCUAGAACAACGGGUGGUCUUGCUUACAGACAAAAUCAAAAUAAAGCUCGGCAAGUAAAUCUAAGAAAUAUUUUGCCUGACAAAACAACUUCUGAAACAAAUCCAUCUAGAAAUUUAAAUCAAUGGAAAGAUGAGCAGAAUAUUGUUAAGAGAAUUAAAUUUACUGCCACUCCUGGUUUGAAGAUUAACAUGGAAAGCAAAAAACCAUUGGAUUUCUUUCGACUAUUUGUUACAGAAGAGCUUAUAAAUAGUAUGGUAGUUGAAACUAAUCGCUACGCAAUGCAAGAAAUCAAUAAGCAGCGUCCGCUUAGAAGAAGCUCGCGUUUUAAAAAUUGGAAACCAAUAAAUUCAGAAGAUAUGCGGCAGUUCCUUGUUGUUCUUCUUCAUAUGGGAUGUGUUAAAUUGCCAUCCUUUGAACACUACUGGUCUAAGAACAGUCUCUAUAGAUUUCCCUUAUUUUCUAGAAUAAUGCCAAGAAAUAAAUUCCAACUAAUGUUACGGUUCUGGCAUUUCAUUGACAAUGAAGAUUCGGAUGGUGGACGCUUGUGUAAAAUUAUUGGACUUAUUGAUAACUUAAAUAAUACAAUGGACAACAUCUACUAUCCGAACAAAAAUAUUUCAAUCGAUAAAUCAAUGAUGCUUUGGAAGGGACGUCUUGUAUUCAGGCAAUAUGUUAAAAAUAAGACAUAA